GUUAAUUUUAUAUGAAUAGUUGACUAUACUUAAAUUUUAAUGAAUAUAAUUGUUGCUCAGUUGAUAAAUCCGGAAGUGAUCUAAGUGAAAAAUUUGUCGUCUGUUGACAUCGUUGUUGUUGUCAGUCCAAACCGUAUACUGUCAUAUUCAUUGAAAUUUGCUAAAAGUAGGUAUUAAAAUAUCAUAAUAAAAUGAAGACAUAGAUUUUCUAUAAACCCAAAACAUUUUUGAACUUAAAAUUUUUAACAAUGGCAGAUUAUUUAGACUUUUUUCAAGAGCAUUUUGCAGACCAAGACUCUGAGUUUUCAGAUUCCGAUUUUGAAGGGUUUGAGGAAGAGGACAUUGUGGAAAGGGAAGAGGAGGAGGAAGAAGAUCCGUUUGAGAACUGGAUAGAUGGCGACGGCCAAAAGGAAAUUCUCAACUUUUCAGGACGAAAAGGCUUGUUGGUGGAAAUGGACGUCGAAUCAAACGCCCAUGGAUUAUUUUAACAAGUUGAUUGGCGAUGUUGAAUGCAACGAGAUAGCUGUUGAGACGAACCGCUACGCGGAUCAGCUAAUAGCUGCGAAAUAGCCAUUGCCACCUUAUUCAAGGUUUAAAACAUGGAAACCUACCACAGGUCCCGAGAUCAUGAGGUUCAUAGCCAUAAUAAUGGCCAUGGGAAUCGUCAACCAGUCCAACAUCACCGAUUACUGGUCAAGGGAUCCAGUGUGUGAAACCCCAUUCUUCCCAUCCAUCAUGAAUAGGGACAGAUUUUUAAAUUUAAUCAGCUGCUUACAUUUGGCCAAUAAUGAAUUGUAUGUGUCUCGGGGGCAGCCUGGAUAUAAUCCAUUGUUUAAAUUGGGUACUGUGUAUUCAACUGUCCUUGCCAGGUAUCCUUUGCUAUUCGGUCCAAACCAAGAAUUGUCUAUUGAUGAAGGAAAGGUACCUUGGCGAGGCAACUUGCAUUUCAAGGUUUACCACAAAAACAAACCCGUCAAAUAUGGUCUGCAGGCUUAUAUGCUUUGUGAUGCAUCAACUGGUUAUUGUCUUAAGUUUCAUCUGUAUACAGGUAAAACAUUUCGCCAAAACAUUCUUGAGACAGGUCACGGCCGUACUUAUGACUUAUGCAUGCACCUCUUAAAAGGUUAUUUUGGAAAAGGUCAUAUUAUGUAUUGUGAUAAUUAUUAUUCAUCGCCACGUCUAUUUGUUGACCUAUGGGAGCUUGGAGUUGGUGCAUUGGGUACUGUAAGAUCAAACCGAAAAGGAAUACCAGCCUCUAUUAGAGAAAAACACUUGCCUAACAGAGGUGACACGUUUUCACAACACACUGGUCAACUGUCAAUUACAAAAUACCUUGAUUCAAAACCAGUCUUUUUGCUUUCCACCACAUUGACGUCAGAAAAAAUGUAUACAGGAAAGAAAAAUCCAGUUACACAAGAAUUGAUUAGCAAGCCCAAGAUGGUCAUAGCUUAUGACAAAUUUAUGGGUGGUGUUGACAGAGCUGAUCAGAUGGUUUCAAAUUCCAGGUCGAACAUUAGAACAAUGAAAUGGUGGAAAAAGGUUUUCUUUCAUGUUUUGAGUCUCACUGUUCUUAAUUCUUACAUAGCAUACAAGCAUAACUCUAUCCACCCAAUGUCACAUUCGUCUUUCCGUAAAAAACUUGUAUCACAACUUAUUGAGUCUCAUCCCCUUGACGCUUUGGUCACCCCUGUAUCAGGACGUCCUAAGACACAGUUUCUGGAAAGACUAACAGCCAGACAUUUCCCUUCCAAGAUCCCCAAUGACGGAAAGUCAAAGUCUCUGCAAUGUGUUGUGUGCAAUCCUGCAGUUGCACAGAUGCUUGCCAGUCAGGGCCUUCCCAAAAAACGAAGACCAGGUCACGAAACUUCAUUUAAAUGUAGACAGUGUGAUGUGUCACUGUGUAUAGUCCCUUGUUUUGAGCUUUACCACACCAUGCAGGAUUACAUACUGGCCUAUAAAAGGUUACAAGCUGAAGAGUAGCUCACUGAUGCAUCAAAGCAUCUCCCUGUCUGUGAAUAAACCUUGAAAAGUAUAUUUUAUAAAUAAAUGUACUAAAAGUUAAUGUAUUGACUUGUAUGAUAUGUAUUUGUAUUGCAAAUAAUGCUAUUAACUAUAGAUGAGUCUCAUGCAAAUGAUAUUAUUGAAGUAGUACUAUGAUCGUCAUACUUUUACAUUGUAGUUUUUAGUAGAUGUGUUUAUUUGAAACAUGGAUACAUUUUUACUGCACAAACAAGUGCUAUUUAACUUUAAAAAAGCUAAAUGUUAGUAAUAUUAUAGAUAAUUACAAAGCUCCCAAAGUGUGUGUUGGAAGUAAAAUGUUGCCAUUACAAUUGUAUGUUUUAUUUUUCAUGAUUAAUUAUUUGGUGUCCUUUCAUUAUGCAAUAGCAAAUGAAAUUAUGUUGAUAUAAUAGCAGGUAAGUAUAACCAGGCUGCCCCUUCAGACUUCAUUUUAUAAUGUAUUAAGCCUUGUUGCUUGAAAUUAGAUUUUAUAUAAAUAUAUGCAUAUAAAUAUAUAUAUAUUUAUAAUAUACAUGAUGGUGUUCUGAGAAA